CGCAAAGCGAUGCUUGCACGCUUUUCUUAAAUGGAACGGAUGUCCCCCCCACCCACAAUCCCAGCUUCUUCUCUUGAACAUCCUUUUCAUCCCACCUCCAUCUAUUUCUUCAUCCUCUCAUCUCCUUCUACUCUCUUCCGCGUUCGUCUUUUCAUCUCACUCUCUACCGUGUUAUUUAUCACUCGUCUAUCCCCCCAGUGUUCUCUCGCUGUCGGUCAAUCCUUCUAUCAAUCGAUCUCUGAUCUCGAUCGCGUCUCAAUCUCGUCUCUGUCGAGCAAUUGAACUCUCUAACUGGCUUUGCCAAUCUCUCUCUACCCCAAAAAACAACUCUUUUUAGUUGAUCAUCAAUUCACAUUCAUCAGUCAUGGCUUCUGAAUCAACAACCGUCUCCAACACGGAGAAUCUCAUGAAAUACAUGAACCUUGACCAGCGUGGUAAGGUUCAGGCGGAGUACGUCUGGAUUGACGCUCACGGUGGCUGCCGCAGCAAGACCAAGACUCUCUCCAAGCCCGUCCAGUCCGUCGACGAACUCCCCGAGUGGAACUUCGACGGCUCGUCAACUGCCCAGGCCCCCGGUGACAACUCCGAUGUCUACCUGCGCCCCGUCGCCAUCUUCCCCGAUCCCUUCCGUCUCGGUGACAACAUCCUCGUCCUCUGUGAGACCUGGGACUCCGACGGAACCCCCAACAAGUUCAACUACCGCCAUGAUGCCAACCGGUUGAUGGAGACCCACGCCAAGGAGGAGUUCUGGUUCGGUCUGGAACAGGAGUACACCCUUCUCGGCAACGAUGGCUGGCCCUACGGCUGGCCCAAGGGUGGCUUCCCCGGCGCCCAGGGCCCCUACUACUGUGGUGUGGGUACCGGUAAGGUCUACUGCCGUGACAUCGUCGAGGCCCACUACCGCGCCUGCUUGUACGCCGGCAUCAAGAUCUCCGGUGUCAACGCCGAGGUCAUGCCCUCCCAGUGGGAGUACCAGGUUGGCCCCUGUGACGGAAUCGAGAUGGGUGACCAGCUGUGGAUGUCCCGGUUUAUGCUGCACCGUGUCGCCGAGGAGUUCGGUGUCCGCAUCUCCUUCGAGCCCAAGCCCAUCAAGGGUGAGUGGAACGGAGCCGGUCUUCACACCAACGUGUCGUCGGAGUCGAUGCGUACCGAGGGCGGUAUGAAGGUCAUCGAGGCCUGCAUGAAGAAGCUGGAGGCGCGUCACGUCGAACACAUCGCCGUCUACGGAGAGGGCAACGAGGAGCGUCUCACCGGCCGUCAUGAGACCGGGGAUAUCGACAAGUUCAGCUACGGUGUCGCCGACCGUGGUGGCAGCAUCCGUAUUCCCCGCCAGACGGCCAAGGACGGCAAGGGUUAUUUCGAAGACCGCCGUCCGGCCAGUAACGCCUGCCCCUACCAGAUCACUGGUAUCAUCGUUGAGACUCUCUGCGGUGGUGUUUAGAUCGUGUUUUGUUUUAGCGCUCGUAUACCCUCCGGCGUCAGGGAGUGGACAGAGCAGCCUGGUCGGUUGAACGGGAGCCAGGGUGUCUUGCGUUCGUAUCCCGUGCUUUGCAUCAGUUUUUCCCUUUUCAUCCUUUCUUUCUGUGGUUAUGUGUUAUGUCAAUAGAAGAGGCCGACGGCCGUGGAGUGGGAGGAUAGUACUAGUGUAUUCAAUCACUCGUUGAUUACGCCCAUCAAGUAAUCAUGUGUAUAAUUAGCUCAGCAUGGAUAUUAUCAAAAAUAGAUCUCUAUCGGAGAUGUCAAAAAGUUCCUCAGCCA